AAGCACACACAUUUUCCCCUGACUCCUUCCCAUUACGGCAUUCAAACCUCCCUCCCAUUGGCCAUCGGUUUUCAGAGUUUCCUCUCUUUUUUUUUAGCACAAAGCCGAAGAAGCUUUUAAUCAUUUGCCCUUUCAAAAAAAAAAAUCCCCAUUGCUCUGCAGAUCGAUCAUAGCCAGCCUGGCGGGAGGGAUCGGAUAUGGCUGUCCACAAGAGCAGCAAGAAGCAGCAGCAGUCGUACAUUUCUGUGGCCUCCGACGUCCUCCAUUCUCCACUCCAAGCUCUGGUCCUUUCUCCAAGAAAGCCCAAAGAUCAAAACUUUCUUGUAAAAAUCUUCCUCACCUCCCCUGCCUUCUGGGCUUUCUUCCUCUUCUUCUUUGGCUUUCUUGGAAUCUUCUGGUUCUGGCCGAACACUUUUGACCCUUCUUUGUCUUCGCCAAUCCCAUGUUUUGGCAGUCUCCAGAACUCCAAGAUCGCAGCUUCAAUGUCUUCCUCCUUCGUCUCCUUCGCCCAAAACGGGAAUGACGUAGGAGAGAGGGUAAUGAAGAGUGAGUUCUGGAAGCAGCCGGAUGGGUUUGGGUAUAGGCCGUGUUUGGAUUUCAGUGAGGUGUAUAAGGAGGUCAGUGUGGGAGUGGUGAAUGAGAAGAGGAAGUACGUAAUGGUGGUGGUGGCUGGGGGGUUGAAUCAGCAGAGGAAUCAGAUUGUUGAUGCUGUGGUGAUUGCUAGGAUUCUGGGUGCUGUUCUUGUUCUUCCCAUCUUGCAAGUUAAUGUCAUUUGGGGUGAUGAAAGUGAAUUUUCAGAUAUCUUUGACUUGGAUCACUUUAAGAGAGUUUUGGAAAAUGAUGUUAGAAUAAUUUCUUCACUGCCAUCCACACACGUAAUGACAAGGCCCGUUGAGGAGCAACAUACCCCUCUUCAUGCUUCGCCUCAAUGGAUUCGCUCACACUAUUCAAGAAGGCUAAGAAGGAAUGGUGUUCUGCUACUGCGAGGUUUGGAUUCGAGGCUGUCUAAGGAUCUACCCUCCGAUCUUCAAAAACUUCGAUGCAAGGUAGCUUUUCACGCCUUAAGGUUUGCCCCAUCAAUUUUGGAACUUGGUAACAAGCUUACAGAGAGGAUGAGGAGCAAAGGACCAUACCUUGCUCUCCACAUCAGGAUGGAGAAAGACGUGUGGGUUCGGACUGGAUGCCUUCCCGGUCUGAGCCAGCACUACGACGAGAUGAUAAACAAUGAAAGAGAGCUACGCCCCGAGCUUUUAACUUCAAAAUCAAACAUGAGUUACCAUGAGAGAAAACUUGCUGGUCUAUGCCCCUUAAAUGCUUUUGAAGUUACAAGGUUGCUUAAAGCUUUGGGGGCUCCGAGGAGUACGAGGAUCUAUUGGGCAGGAGGAAUCCCAUUGGGUGGGAAAGAGACGCUCUUGCCGUUGACUAGAGAGUUCUCUCAUUUCUAUAACAAGGAAGACCUUGCGUUGCCGGGUGAGCUUGAGCCUUUUACAAAGAAAGCAUCCCUCAUGGCUGCCAUUGACUAUAUAGUCUCGGAGAAUAGUGAUGUCUUCUUGCCAUCUCAUGGCGGAAACAUGGGCCAUGCCAUUCAGGGACAUCGGGCAUAUGCAGGACAUAAAAAGACCAUCACACCAAACAAGAGACAGAUGAUCCGGCAUUUUAUGAACUCUUCCCUGUCUGAGUUAGAGUUCAUCACAAUUAUAAGGGAUUUGCAUAGAGAUUCGUUGGGUAUGCCAGAACUCAAGAAAGUGGGAAGGGACGUGACAAAGUACCCUAUCCCGGAGUGCAUGUGCAAUGGGACACAACCUUAGCUUCUUCUGCCAAUCUUUAAGUCAUGUGCUCUUCAAAUUAAGGGUAUAUAUGUGCUUAGCUUUGAUGAGGUAUUCUUUGUGGAGGGAGAUAAGAUGAGACUUCUUGAGUUAGAGCAUCAUCAUCAUUUUCUUCUUCUUCUUUGUACAUACAAGGUGUUUUUGAGGGAGUGAGAAGCAUUCAGAAUUCAUUCUUUCCACUUCAAUGUAAAUAAUAGUGGACCAUUUAGUAUCCAUAAUUUAUGAAGCAUUAUAUUUAUGCUUAAAACCUGGUCUGUUUUUGUUCUUUUUGUUUUUUAUUGUUGUAAAUAUGAUGAUUGUUUCUUUCUUGUUGAGCAAAGUGUGCUACUUACUACACCUAUGGCCAACUGGCAUUUUCCUUGUGGGCUGC